AUGUCCGUAGACGAAACUCCCGCCAUUAUUAUUGACAAUGGAUGUGACACCCUAAAGGUCGGUUUUACCGGAGACGAUGAACCGACGGGAAUUUUUAGAAACGUUGUGCUUCUGUCUGAAGGUGCCGACGGAUCGAUGAUCCGGACCGUCGGUUGUGUGGCGGGCAAACCAUAUGAUCGCUUUAAGAGGCCAAUGCAACGAAGCGAACCGUACGAUUGGGAUGCAAUGGAGUGUGUUUGGGAGCACGCGUUCAAAGAUGUGCUGAAGGUGGCGCCGGAGAAUCACCGAGUGUUGUUCACCGACCGGCCUCUCAGCCCGGACAUAACCCGCGAAAAGUCAGUUCAAAUAAUGUUCGAAAAGUUCUCGACGCCUGCCACUUACGUGUCGAUGCAGUCAACGUUGGCACUGUAUGGGAGCGGGCGUACCACCGGAACCGUGCUUAAUGUUGGCGAUUUUACGUCAAGUGUUGUUCCGAUCUACAAAGGCACACCGGUCAGGGAAGCUAUCCGGCUCACUGAAUUGGCUGGGUGCGAUAUGAUCGAAUAUCUGUCCCGUGCACUCUACAUAAGAGACCAAGAAAUGGCUCGCGAGAUAAUGGAAAAAGUAUGUGCGGUUAGUGCCGAUGCGAAAAAGGAAACGGUGAAAUAUAUCGAUUACAAGACUUCGGACGGCGCUGUCCACACGAUUGGUGAGGAGCGGUACCGAUGCGGCGACGUACUGUUUAAUCCGUCGCUAAUAAGUCCCCAUAAGGUCAAACCCUUGCAGCAGCAAGUUGUGGAGAGUGUGGCUAUCUGUGAGGAAAUCAUCCGUAAAACGCUGUACGCAUACAUUGUACUUGCCGGUGGGCCGACGACGCUCAAUGGAUUUGCCGAGCGUAUGCAGAAGGAGGUAACGGCGUUGUUGCCGUCGAAGUACAAGUGCAAGGUGGUGACGACCCAACAUCCCGUCUUGAACGUUUGGGCAGGUGGAUGCAUGGUCGCCCAAAGUCCCCUGUUCCAGCAAUCGUGGAUAACGAAGCAGGAGUACGAAGAGCACGGUGCGAACAUAAUUCAUCAGAAAUGUGUUUGA